AUGUCUUCCACUGCCCGAUCACACCUUCCCUACAACCCUCAUUCCCCAUCCGUCUCGCCAUUGAAGAGAAAAGCAAUGUCCGUCACCCAAACAUACUACCUCGCCCACACUGCACGAGGCAAGCUCUCAUCUGAGGCUGCACGAUCCGACCACGACUUGAGACUUCUCGUUGGCCACGCCAACCUCCUCGAUUCCUUGAUGCUUGAGCUCGCAGAGGCAGAACAAGAGCAAGAGAGCUGGUUCAACCAAUCCGUCAAGAAGGCAGCCAAGACCUCCGAGGAGCCACGACAUAUCCAAUGGGCAGACUCUGUUGUUGAAGAGCCAGAGGAGGAUUGGCAAGCAGAGGACGCCGACAGCUCAGACGAUGAGUACGAUUCUGAGGAGGAAAUCGAAAUGGAGGCACACAUGGCAGCACUACAACGAGUAACAUCCCACCAAAUCACCGAAGUCGAGGAGGACGAUGAUGAGGAAUUCGAGGACGACGGAGAAGAAGACUAUGCCGCACUCCAACUCACACUAUCACCAUCCCACUCCGCCUCUCCUCCAGAACUCGACCACGACUCUGAUUCUUCAGAAGACGAGGCAAUGCCUCCAUCACCACCAUCCGAUUCUCUCCCUACAUUCUCAGAAAAACAACGCCAACAAAUCGCUACCACAUCUUUCUACUCGAAGCCCGCAGCACCAGCCGUAUCAAUACCACCAUCCGAACAACAAGCAUUCUUCGAUGAUGGUUUCUACCUUCCUCAACGGACGCCGAGUCUCGUGAACUCAAUAAGUGUCUACUAG